AUGGAUGGAGCGGCCAAACACGGCCACUUGGCAAUUGUGCACUGGCUUCAUGCAAAUAGGACAGAGGGGUGUACUGAACGUGCGAUGGACGGAGCGGCAGCAAAAGGCCAGCUUGAAAUGGUACAAUGGCUGCAUAGCAACAGAAACGAAGGCUGCACAACAGCAGCAAUGGACGCAGCAGCAAGAUCCAAUCACUUGGAAACUUUACUGUGGCUGAGUGAAAAUCGCAACGAGGGUUGCACGAUUGCGGCAAUGAACUUGGCAGCGAAAAAUGGACACUUGCCAGUUGUAGAGUGGCUACAUGAACAUCGAACUGAGGGUUGCUCUACCGACGCUAUGGACCUUGCUGCGGCUGAUGGGCAUUUGGACAUUGUCCAAUGGCUCCACACAAACAGAGGUGAAGGAUGUACCGCUAGUGCAAUAGAUAACGCAGCCGCUGGUGGCCAUCUCGACGUUAUACGAUGGCUACAUGGAAAUUGCAAAGAAGGUUGCACAGCUGCAGCUAUGGAUAAUGCGGCUGCCAAUGGCCAUCUUGACUUGGUGAAAUGGCUACAUGAAAAUCGCAAAGAAGGUUGCACUGUUGCAGCAAUCGAUCGUGCCGCAAGUGAGGGCUGUUCAGCAAAGGCUUUCGUCAAUGCCACAGCAGCAGGAGAACUGGAGAUUCUCAUGUGGCUCUUUGCCCACCACCGCCACCAGCUCGGUCGUGAUCGGCUUCGAAUUUACGCACUUGGCAAAUUCUACAUCCUUCAUUGGCUCAAAAUGGAAGCGGGAACGAGUGAACGCGAAGCUUUCAUAGGCGAGGUAAACCCACUUGCGCAAGCCUAG